GUGUAUAUGGACUACUAUCAUUUUCUGCCAAUCUACCAUCUGUUCCUUUCGUAUUUCCGAAUUGUGCUCACCGAAAGUAAUUGCGCCAUGUUUUCGUCAAUGCUCCUGAUCGUACUCGCCACCACUGAGCGACUUCUACGAACGUUUCACGGCGAUACCAUUUUGAAAGCGAGAAGAUUUCUGGAAAAACAUCGACCAGCCGUUUCUGCAGGAUGCAUUUUGUUUGCCGUUGCGUAUAAGUUCUGUAAUUACUGGGAAAUUGAUGUGAUGUGGAAACCGAUGUGCGAAGAAGGAUGGGGGCAGUACGAGAUCAUUGCGGGUCCACUGACGGCUUAUCAUAACUACCGCUUUUGGUGGAUGUUCAUCACUCGCAACGCAUUGGAUCGGAUUUUGCCUUUCUUCGUUCUUGUCGCCAUGAACUACCUAAUCAUCAAGGGUGAGCUUGCGAAUUUUGGUUUGAAUAAAAUCAAGUUACAAUCUGAAAACUCACAUUUUAAGGAUGCUACAAGGGCUCUGAUUAGCGUCGUCUCAAUGUAUCUCAUGUCACAGUCGCUGCAGGUGGUGCUGACAUUUUGGGAAACAUUUGAUCGAGCAAGUCUGGAAUCCGAAGACCUCAAUGUCGUUUAUUCCUACCUGAACGACAUCGUUAGCAUUCUGACGCUGUUGUCUAGCUGCCUUCGGUUUCCUGUGUACUGUUCCUGUAACAGGCUCAUUUAUUCAGCUUCGGCAGCUACUCUCAGUGAAAUGAAAAAGUUCUGCUAUGGACAGAAAAAGGAGGAACGAGAAUACAUUCCAAUAGCUGACGACCGUCGUUCCUCUCCUGUGAAUGGAAUCCAGACGUAUUUGAAAAAGAAGCCGGAAGAGCCAAUUGCCCAAACCGAGCCCGAAAACUCUCAAGUCACAGGAGCUGUCUACAUCGAAGAGCUCCAUGAAUGGAAGUUAUGA